AUGACCCCGAGGAGAUACGAUCAGAGAGAUAACCAGAUAUUUCGUGUCAUACAGCUCAGCUCCUCUUCUUCCCCCAGCCAAUUCAAGCAUUCGCAGCCGAAGCCGAACAAACCUCACGGCAUCAAGCCGCAGUCUACGGACCAAAGUCCGGGGGAGGGGUUGGGGUUGAAGAUCAAGACAAGCUUUGCCAGCGGACUCCACGAAUAG